CGGGUGUGAGCGUCGCUGUGCUGUGAAUGGACAGUAGUGGUGGGGAAUGUAACAUCCUCCGCUCUCCCGCUGCUCCGGCUCCGCCGUCUCUCGCACCGUCUCUGCGUCUUCGUGCCCGGUGACUGAGGUCAUGUGAUGGCAGAGCUGGAAGGCAUGAACCGUCAGAGCAGACCUUCAUCUGCACGUUGAACUAACACAGGCUGAAGCUUUUCUAAAGCUCGCACCUACGCAGAAUGGAUUUCUCCAACACCACUGAAGGGCUGUUUUCUACCAGCACCAGUGUUUAUGACCCACUGGAGACCAAUAAAGCUCCGCCCAGUAAGACUCUCCUCACCCUGACCCUGUCGGUGCUGGCCAUCCUAACCACCUUCUUCAACUGUCUGGUGAUCACAGCUAUCGCAGUGACCCGCAAGUUGCACCACCCGGCCAACUACCUCAUCUGCUCAUUAGCAGUGACUGACCUGCUGGUGGCGGUACUGGUCAUGCCCUUCAGUAUCAUCUACAUUCAGAAGGAGAGGUGGGUCAUGGGCCAUGUGGUGUGCACCAUCUGGUUGAGUGUGGACAUCACCUGUUGCACGUGCUCCAUUCUGCACCUCGCCACCAUCGCCAUCGACCGUUACAGAGCCAUCACCGACGCGGUGGAGUACUCCCGUAAACGCACAGGUGCCAGAGCUGGUGUGAUGAUCGCGGUGGUGUGGCUGCUCUCUAUCCUCAUCUCACUUCCGCCGCUGCUGUGGCGAUACUACAGCGGCGAUGCAGACCUUGAGGACCAGUGUAUCAUCAUCCACCAUCACCUGGGCUUCACCUUGUACGCCACCUUGGGGGCAUUUUACAUCCCCUUACUCCUAAUCCUCAUCCUCUACUACAAGAUUUACCGAGCCGCUCAGACCCUGUACAUGCGCAGGGAGGCCAGCAGGGCCAGUCGCCACUCGUGCAUGACCAACGGGAGCAUGAUCCCCUCCACCUAUCCCGCCGGGGACGGGAAUGUCGACGGAGGGUUGCCAAGUCCGGAGCCCAUUAGCCCGCCAGAGAAGUCCACCUCCGAACCGUCGACCGAGGAACCGCCACGCGAACGGGUGCGUGUCUCAGUCAGGGCUUUCCAGUACAAGUCGCGGCGGCACGAGUCGCAGAGCGAGUCACGUCGCAGCCAGUUUUACCAAGGACCACGCAUCUCCGGGUCGCGGGAGCGCCGAGCGGCGUCCACCUUGGGGUUGAUCAUAGGGGCUUUUGUCAUCUGUUGGCUGCCGUUCUUUGUCAAGGAGGUGAUUGUCAACACAUGCAGUUCGUGCAAUACUUCGAUGGAGAUGGCUGACUUUCUGACGUGGCUGGGCUAUCUCAACUCACUCAUAAACCCCCUCAUCUACACCAUCUUUAAUGAAGACUUCAAAAAAGCUUUCCAAAGACUCGUCCGGUGCAGUCAUUACCUCUGAUGGUGACAGUUGUAUUUAUGUUACGGUGCCCAGGUAAAACCCUGAUGUACACCCAUAAUAGGGAAGGUACAAAUGCAUAAAUAGCUGGUGGUCAAGGGAUGGUGACUUCAGUGUUCCUGGGAGGGAAAUAUCUCGGUGAGAAACGCACCGACUGGGAUUUUCACACACCCCACCAGGUAUUUCGGCCGUCUAAAUGGCACGAGAACAGAAAUGAGCUUUUGCGCUAAUGUUCCCCAUCUGAAGUCCAAGUCUGGCUAUUAAUAGAAGAGCCUGGGAGCACAUUGGUGUUAAUUGGUGUGCAGGUUUGAAGAGCCACAGUCGUGGAGGGAUUUUUGUGAAAAUGUGCCAUUAUUU